AUGAAGACAAACCGAAGAUGCAGAGCCCUCCUAGCAGUGAGUCUGAACCUGAUGGCUCUCCUCUUCUCCACCACAGCCUUUAUCACAACCCACUGGUGUGAAGGGACUCAGAGGGUCCCCAAGCCAAACUGUGGGAAAGACAAGAAGACAAAUUGCCUCAACUACAGUGGGAAUGAGACGGCCAAUGAGACAAACCAGAACGUGGUGCACUAUAGCUGGGAGACGGGGGAUGACCGCUUUCUCUUCCGGUAUUUCCACACUGGGAUCUGGUACUCCUGUGAGGAAAAUAUCAAUGCUGCUGGUGAAAAAUGUCGAAGUUUUAUUGACCUUGCCCCGGCUUCUGAGAAAGGUGUCCUGUGGCUAUCGGUCGUGUCUGAAGUGUUGUACAUCACGCUGUUAGUCGUUGGGUUCAGCCUCAUGUGCCUAGAGCUCUUCCAUUCGAGUAAUGUGAUAGAUGGGCUCAAGCUAAAUGCCUUUGCUGCUGUCUUCACUGUGCUGUCAGGUCUCUUGGGGAUGGUGGCUCAUAUGAUGUACACCCAAGUUUUCCAAGUGACAGUCAGCCUUGGACCAGAAGAUUGGAGACCACAUUCAUGGGACUAUGGCUGGUCCUUCUGUCUGGCGUGGGGUUCUUUCACCUGCUGCAUGGCUGCCUCAGUCACUACAUUGAACUCUUACACUAAGACUGUAAUUGAGUUCAGACACAAGCGCAAAAUCUUUGAGCAGGGCUUUCGAGAGGAGCAGACCUUCCUAGACCAGGAGGCAAUCAAGUACUUCAGAGAAAGGAAGCUGCCCCUGCUCUGGGAGCAUCUGCUUGCAAAAAGCAAUUGA